CGUCCGUGGUUUUUGAUACGAUCGCGACUGGGAUUCUUUAGUCGGUUCUUGAUCGUUCGCGCGACCUGUACCGUGUUGGCAGUGCGCCUUCAACUGUAGUCUCCGCGGUAGUGCCUCGAUCGUCCUGCAGACAAACGAAUCCGAUUCGUGACCCGACUCGUUGGCUAGGGAGUGUGAGUUUGGUGCGUGUGCGAUUGUCCUCUGUCGUGUAUCUUCUGGACGGAAACUUGUUCGUAAAGCAGCAUCAUGCCGAAAGUUGUGGAAGAACCGUUCGACCAGUUUCAGCAGUACUACCGUACGCCCAACAAUCGGACGACAACGGAGAGCUUCCGGCUGUUCUUAUGGAACAAGGAAGAGGGAGAAAUCUUUGGCCGCACGCCCUCCAGCUGGUCGAAAAUUGGCACCUUCUAUAUCGUCUUCUACAGUGUUCUUGCGGCCCUGGUGGCCGUGUGCAUGUGGGUGUUCUUCCAAACGCUAGACCCUCGCAUUCCUAAAUGGCAAAUGGAUCAAUCAUUAAUCGGUACCAACCCUGGAUUGGGCUUCCGUCCUCUACCGUCGGAAGAUAACGUCGAAAGCACCCUGAUCUGGUACCAGGGUACGGAAGAGAAGAACUACAAGAUGUGGACGGACGCUUUGGAUAAGUUUCUGGAAGACUACCGAACACCUGGACAGGUGUCUGGCCGUGGUCAGAACAUUUACAACUGUGAUUACAAUCAGCCACCACCGAAGGGCAUGGUGUGUGAUGUGGACAUCAAGCAGUACGGACCAUGCACGCUCGAGAACCACUACAACUACCACAAGAGCGCACCGUGCAUAUUCCUGAAGCUGAACAAAAUCUACGGAUGGGUGCCGGCGUUCUACAACGAGUCCAAUUCCCUGCCUGCUAACAUGCCGAAGGACCUGAAGGAAUACAUUAAGGAAAGAGAAGCCAAGGAACAGCACACGAUGAACACCGUUUGGGUAUCAUGCGAGGGAGAAAAUGCGGCCGAUAUUGAGCACAUUGGACAGAUUCAAUAUUAUCCGCGUCGUGGAUUCCCGGGAUACUAUUAUCCGUUCGAGAACUCCGAGGGCUACCUGAGUCCGCUCGUUGCCGUACAUUUCGAGCGUCCAGUUCGUGGAAUCAUCAUCAAUGUCGAGUGUAAAGCAUGGGCACACAACAUCAAGCACGACAGACACGAACGGUUGGGUUCGGUUCACUUUGAGCUUAUGAUCGAUUAAACAGUUCGAGGAGUCUGCGGUACUUGUGUGGCUCUUGAGCGAAUAUGUUCUGAGCUCUCCGUCACGAUCAGUGGUAGCAGUAGUACGAGUAACAAGAAUCGAAGUAGGAACUUUGUAAAAGCGCGAACAGUUCCAUGAAGGAUCCCCUCGAAAAUGGGACAAAACAAAAAAUUCAACAUCUAGCCGUUUUCAUCCAGAGCAAAACAUCAUACUUCUUGCGUUCAGAAAAAAAACAGUGGUCAACCUCCAGCAGAGGUGUUAGUAGCGUAAGAAGCUCAUAACGGGUCCGGGGGGAGCGCUCGCGUACUCAAUUACGCACAACUAUACAAUCUCCUAGCGGCUGUCCUGCGAAGUUAGCCGUUGAAUCAUUUGUAUUUAUCUUACAUCCGUUAUGCACAAUUUAUGUGCUGGAUGUCGUUGUUAUGCAUUGCAAAUGUCCCCUUUUUAAUCUCAAAUUUGGAAUCAAGAAUCUUCAAUCUAAAACUAGUGCGACGCUUGGCGAUGGCUAGCAAGAGAGAUUUAAGCUAGCGCUAUGGCUAUUAGCAGCAUAAAUGGCCCAUAAUCCGAUAUUCACUCUUUGAAUCUCUCGAAUAAUCUCGUUAUCCUGUAUAGAUUGAUAUGCUUGCAUCAUCUGCGAUGGGUUGAUGACAUCAUCCAUUCUCUUUUAUAAGAAGGCUAUCCAGAGUUUCGCCAUAUCGAAGGCAAGUUCUAACGCAUCCGUUAUUGUUCACCUGUAAAUACGUUCUGUUCGUUAAGUGGAUGUGUUUUGCCAUACAGACAGCAAGAAGUGCGCGAGAGCUCUUUUUUAAUGCCCAUUAUAAACAAAUUAUCUUUCCUCUCGUGGAAAUAACGGGAACCGUUUGGAGAAUGCAUUCAUCUAUCGAUCGAUUUCUUCAACUGACAGUAUUGUAAGCAGUCGCGUGAAUAGUGUUUCGCAGCUUAAGUAUUGCUAGCUCAAAAAAACAUCCGGUGGCGCUAUGAACUGUUUCAAUGAUCGAAUUCGAUCUUGCAUUCCAUUCAACUUUUUUUUACUAUACAAAUUUCCGUUGAACAAUCCCAUGUCUCUGUGUAUUUGUUUGCUCCUUGCCAAUUACUUUUUUUUUAGAUUUGAUAGCACUAUCCAUGCUUAUAAGUGGCACUCGAUGUGCUGGUCCUUUCAUAUUCCAUUUUUUCAUGAACAAUCGAACGCGCGAACCCGUGCCAAAUCCGUGCGUCACAAUAAUCAGUCCCACCAUUUAGAUAGUUUAUGUGAGAAAAGACAGCCACAAAAGUCAAAAUGAUA